AUGGAUGCGGUUGUAGCCAAGACGUUCGACGAAAUGCUCAAGAGGAUGGAGGAGUUCGACACGCGCUCUGCCGAGCGUUGGGAGCGCUUGGAGAAGAAGGGCUUCGAGGACGCAUCUGCGGCCCUUCAGGAGCGCGAGGAAGCCGUUGAUGGACGCCUCGCCGCCUUGGAGGACUUCGCUUCCUCCCAGUACACCGCCGCCGUCGUCGCCGACAACUGGGGCACCCACUUCGACUCGCGCGUCACCGAUCUGGAGCAGCGCAUGGUCGACAUCGAGCUCAUCCGGUUGGCCGAGAUCCGCGACGAACAAGACGACAGGGUGGAAGCGCUGGAGGGGGCUGUCGGGGAGCUUCAAUCCUGGCGCCCGGAGAUCGAUGGCCACCUCGACGACAUCCACUACGAGCACCGCCGUCUCACCAAGUCCCCAGCGAUGCAGCCUCAGCAACCACCGCUGAAGGCGCGUCAGGAGUCGGCCGCCGCAGCGCAACACCCUAGCAGAUCUCUGGUCGACUGGCCCAACGGGCACCGCGUCGUCAUGACUACACGGGCGCCGAAAUAUGGUUCGGUCGCGACCAUAAUUCCGACCCCGGCCAAUGCCGAUUGGUCGACUCUCUGUGCUCUGGUCCGUGAGUGCUUCUGCCGCGACCAACAUGAGCUGCUCCUUCGCCAGCUCUUCAACAUCAGGCAGACAUGCUCUGUACAAGAGUAUGUCGACAAAUUUGUUGAUCUCAUUGAGCAACUCUCAGCCUACACCCCUUACCCAAACACACUCUCUUAUACCACUCGAUUCAUUGACGGGCUCCAUGACGAUAUCCGUUCUGUUGUCCUGGUUCAACACCCUGGCGAUCUCGAUACUGCGUGUACCCUUGCUCUGUUAAAGGAAGAAGCGAUCUGA